UCAAUAAAGGAGAAGAACAAUAAGAAGUUGUGGAAGUUGGUUUAGAGUAAUGCUUAGAAACUCCCCACCAAUGGGUUUCUUGGGAAAACCAUUGGCUGCUUGGAAGAAAAGAAAAGAAUAUACAGUAUGGAUGCUUUUCUAGGGUCACUGUUUAAUUUCUCCGCCUCCAUUUUUCUUGUACUUGCAGGUAGAAAAUGCGAUCGAGGAACUGCACCAUGGAGGGUCCAGAAGACGGACACAUCCAGCCCACCAAAGGCUUCAUCAAGCAGGAGGAGGAGAACACACCGGAGCUGACGAAGAGGAAGAUGAAGGUCCGGGGGGAGGAGAACGGGUCGGCUAAGAAGUCUCAGAAACCUGCAGAGAGCAGAAAGAUGGAUCUGUCGAAGGCCGAUCUGCUGCAUCUGCUGGGAGUCAUGGAGGGAGAAGUUCAGGCCAGAGAGGACAUCAUCAGCCUGCUGAAGACAGACAGAACCCGUCCAGAGACCCUGGAGGCCCACUACGGCUCGGCCGUCCCCACAAAGCCUCUUCAGGCUCUGCAGAGAGACAACCUGCUGGCCGUCAGCAGCAGCAGCUCCCAGGACGUCUACGAGAAACCCAUGGCCGAGUUGGACCGUCUGGAGGACAAACAGAAGGAGACGUACCGACGGAUGCUGGAGCAGCUGCUGCUGGCGGAGAAAUGUCACCGCCGCACCGUCAUGGAGCUGGACAACGAGAAGCUCAAACACUCCGACUUCAUGAACAAGAGCGACGACUUCACCAACCUGCUGGAGCAGGACAGGGAGAGACUCAAACGUCUGCUGGAGCAGGAGAAGGCCUACCAGGCUCGUAAGGACAAGGACCACAGCAGGAGGCUGGAGAAGGUGAGAGCGGAGCUGGUGAAGCUCAAGUCCUUUGCCCUGAUGUUGGUGGACGAGCGGCAGCUGCACAUCGAGCAGAUCGACCAGCAGAGCCAGAAGGUGCAGGACCUGACUCAGAAGCUGCAGGAGAAGGAGCAGCGGCUGGCGGCGGUCAGCGACGCUGCCAAGGAGGACGGCCAGAAGCUCCUGAAGCUGGAGGCCGAGCUGGAGCACAAGGCCGCCAAGUUCUCGCAGGAGCACGAGGAGAUGAUGGCCAAGAUCGCCAACGAGGAGUCCCAGAGCCGGCAACUCAGACUGAAGCUGGCCGGACUGUCGCACAAGAUCGAAGAGCUGGAGGAGAGCAACAAGCUGCUGCAGAAGUCGGAGGAGGACCUGCAGGAGCUGAGGGAGAAGAUCAGCAAGGGGGAGUGCGGGAAUUCGACUCUCAUGACCGAGCUGGAGAAUCUGCGCAAGAGAGUCCUGGAGAUGGAGGGGAAGGACGAGGAGAUCACCAAAACGGAGACUCAGUGCCGGGAGCUGAGGAAGAAGCUGCAGGGCGAGGAGAACCACGGCAAGGAGCUGAGGCUGGAGGUGGACAAGCUGCAGAAGAGGAUGGUGGAGCUGGAGAAACUGGAGGGAGCGUUCAGCCGGAGCAAGACGGAGUGCGCUCAGCUUCACACGAACCUGGAGAAAGAGAAACGGGUGGUGAAGGAUCUGGCCGGCGAGCUGGAGACGGUGAAGACUCGGAUGAAGGAGCUCGAGGGCUCGGAGUCCAAAUUCGAAAAGGCGGAAAUGGUCCUCAAAGACGAUCUCAUGAAGCUGAAGUCGUUCACGGUCAUCCUGGUGGACGAGAGGAAGAACAUGGCGGAGAGGCUCAAACAGGAGGAGCAGAAGAGCGACGAUUUGAGUAAGAUGUUCAAAGCGGAGCAGAGCAAAGUAACAGAAGUCACAGAGAAGCUGAUCGAGGAAAGCAAAAAACUUCUCAAGUUUAAGUCAGAGAUGGAGUUUAAGGUGUCGACACUCAUCGAGGAGAAAGACGAGUUGAAAAGUAAACUUGCAAGUGAGGAGGAGAAGUGUCAGGAGCUGAAUACCAAGCUGGGCGGCAUGAAGGUAAGGAUGGACGGACUGGAGGAGAUGGAGAGAAAGUUGUCCAACAACAGAAAUCAAGACGAAGACAAUAAAGUGAAAGAGCUCGCGAUGGAAAUCGAGAGACUCAAGAGCCGGCUGAAGCAGCUGGAGGUGGUGGAAGGAGAUCUAAUGAAAACGGAGGACGAGUACGACCUUCUGGAGAAGAAGUUCAGACGAGAGCAGGACAAGGCGAAUACUCUCUCCAAGCAGCUGGAAGAGCUGAAAGGCCACAUCGCCAGGAACAAAGCCAUAGAGAAAGGCGAGGUCACGAGUCCGGAGGCGGAGCUGAGAGUCCGCUGCAAGAUGGAGGAGGCCAGAACCAGAGAGCUGCAGGUGGACGUCCAGGCCCUGAAGGAGAAGAUCCACGAGCUCAUGAACAAGGAGGACCAGCUCUCCCAGCUGCAGGUGGACUACUCCGUCCUGCAGCAGAGGUUCCUGCAGGAGGAGGAGAGGAAGAUGAGCAUGAGCCAAGACUUCGCCAACCUCACCAGAGAGCUGGAGGCCACCAGGCGGUACAGCCGCGCCCUGAGGCCCAGCACGGACGGGAAGAGGAUGGUGAACGUCCCGGUUACUUCCACGGCCGUGCAGACGGAAGCUACCGAGGACACGGACACGGCGGCCGGGUUCAUCCGCAAGUCGGUCCUCGAGGAGAACCACUUGAUGAGCAACCUCCGACAGCGGGGGCUCAAGAAGCCGGCGGUUCUCGAGAGGUACCCUCCAGCUUCUGCAGAACUCGGGGCCAAGAAGUCCUGGAUCCCCUGGAUGAAGAAGAAGGAGGCGAUCACGCUCACUCAGAGCACUCCGGAUAGAAACGGCAGGGCGUCGAUGCAGCAUCUGGCGCCGGAGGUGGCGCGGCCGGGUCAGCCGCUGCACAUCCGCGUGACGCCGGACCACGAGAACAGCACCGCCACCUUGGAGAUCACCAGCCCGCGAGCCGAGGACUUCUUCUCCAGCACCACCAUCAUCCCGACUCUCGGCCUCCAGAAACCUCGCAUCACCAUCGUCCCGAAACCAACAACCGUCACUUCCAGAAGCAAAACCUGCGACCUGGACCGCGCCAAAUCCCCGGUCACGAUCACCACCAUCUCCCGCGCCAAGAGUCCGGAGAAACCCAACGGCUGCUGCGGCUCUGACGGCCUGCGGUCUCCAGUGUCCAUCAUCACCGUCAGCACCACCCCCGUGGCCGAAGUCUGCGCCGCGCCGGAGCCUCACGACGCCCCCGCGGCCCGCACCGUGAUCAAGGUCGCCCCGGAGAAGCAGCCGGCGGGCGCGGUGCCGUACAGGAAGUUCAACGGGAACGCCAACAUCAUCACAACGGAGGACAACAAGAUCCACAUCCACCUGGGCUCGCAGUUCAAGAGGCCGGCGGCGGAGGUGCUGACACUCCGGAGCUCCGAGAGCAGCAGAGAGAUCUCGACGGGGACGGUGCUGCGGUCACCACGGCAACCAGCGGCGGCGGGGAAGAGCAAGAUGACGAGCAGCAUCACGAUCACACCCGUCACCUCGGCGUCCUCCAGGCCCACACAGUCAGUGCCCGGUGCGGACGUGCAGUCAGCUCGCAGCGCCGCCACACGGAUCCCGAUGUCAAAAGGUAUGAAACCGGGCAGCAAGGCGGUGGUGGGCGUGUCCACAGUGACCCGGUUAGAGUCUCGGGCCGAGAGCCAGUCCAUGAAGAUCGAGCUGAGGAAGACGACGGUGUGCAGCUCUGCAGCAGCAGGGAAGAGCUGAGGGCCACUAACAGGACUCUGUGUGUGUGUGUGUGUGUGUGUGUGUGUGUGUGUGUGUGUGAGGUCUCUCACACACAUUAUCUUAUGUCGUCCACACCUUCAGUUUGCAGAUAUACACGUUUUCAGGACUCAUUUAUGUCCCUUCAGCGGCAGGUUUUCAUGUUCAUUUUAAUCUCUCUGCAUGUCUGUUUUUGCAUUCAGGUGCAUUGUGAUUAACGUCGUCGUCAUGGAGAUAUUAGUGGCAUCAUUUUACAUUUGGAUCACAGCAUUUGUGUUUAUUUCACUGCCGCUUGUUGGAGGUUUCCCGUCACUGUGAAUCGUUUGUGACAGACACAAAAUAAAAACUAUUUAUCUCUCAAACAAGAACGGCAGCGCUUUGUACCAUUCAUUUGUUUGUGUGUGUCUGUGAGAGAGAGAGUGUGUGAG